AUGUUUUCUUCAAAGAUUAUCAGAUUCUCUUCUCGCAUUAUUGGUCUUCGUAGAUUUGUAAGCUCACAGUCAAGCUACAAUGCAAACUAUAAAUGGAUUCCAAGAGCAGCUUUAGUUGCAGGAGUGGGGUUAGCAUCAUUGAAUCCAAUUUUCUGUGAUGAUAAUCAUCAAGAUAUCACUGCAUGUAGAGAAGAUGAACUUAUUGAUGGAGUGUUAAAAAAGGUUCAAAUAGGACAAAACCCAGAAAAUUAUGGGGUAAUUUAAAAUAAAUUAAAAAAUAAACUAAAUAAAAAUCAAUAUAAAAUGCUAAAAGCAAAAAUAUAAUAUAAAAAUUUUGAUAUAAAAAUAUUAUCCAAAAUUAUAAUUGUAAUUGCCAAAGUCAAUGGAUCGGUUUAUGCUGUAAGUGGAAAAUGUUCUCAUUACAAUCUUCCAUUAAAUCCAGGAUACUUAGAUGGCUAUACUUUAAUAUGUCCAUUCCAUGGUGCUCAAUUUGAUAUUCGCACUGGAGAAUUAAUUGGCUCACCAGGCUUGAAAUCACUUCAAUCAUAUCAAGUUAAAAUUUCUGAUGGAAAUGUUAUAGUAAAAAUUCCAGAAGCAAAAAUCAAUGAAGUCACUGCUUCUGUUAAUAGUCGAAGGAUGGUAAAAAGAGACCCAAAUAACCAGACUUCGUUUGUUAUUAUUGGUGGAGGUGCAGCAGGUGAAUCAGCUGCAGAAUCUCUUACUUUAGAGCUCAGUCUAUUUCUAUAUAAAUUAAAAGUUUCUUUAUAAAAAAAUUAAAAAAUAUUUUUUAUACUAAAAAAGUCAGAAAAGAAGGUUUUACAGGCAAAAUCACGAUUUUAACUAAAGAAAAUGUUCUUCCUUAUGACAGAGUUCCAAUCUCAAAAGCAUUCAAAAAUGAUGUCUCUUUGUUAAGAAAUCAAGAAUUUUUUGAUGAAUAUGGAAUUGAAGUAAAAACUGGCGCACUUGUACGCCAAAUUGAUAAUAAAAACAAAACUAUCAAGCUAGAUAAUCAAGAAGAAAUUCAUUAUGACAAAGUUUUACUAGCUUCAGGGUCAUCAGCAAGAGUUCCAGGCCCUUAUAGAAAUUUAGCUGAAAAUUUCGAAGGUAUUUUUACUUUAAGAUCAGCUGCAGACCAUAGCAAAUUUAAAGCUGCCUUGUCAGGUGCCAAAAAUGUUGUCAUUAUUGGGUCUUCAUUUUUAGGACUAGAAGCUGCAGCUUCUAUUAAGCGUGGAAACCCAGAAGUCACUGUAACAGUCAUGGACCUUGAAAGCUCUCCAUUAGAAAGAAUUUUUGGCAAAGAAAUUGCCCAACAAAUUAUACAGUCCCACUCAUUAAAUGGUAUCAAUUUUAUUCUUGGAAAAAGUGCCAGAGCCAUUAAAACAGUUGGGGGAAAAGUUUCUAGUGUCAGCUAUAUGCAUCAAGAAGCUGCUGAGAUGAAGCCAAAAGAAAUUGAAAUUCCAACAGAUUUAUGCCUUAUUAGCAUAAUUUUUUUCAAAAAUAAUUAUUGGCCAAAAUAAAAAAAAUUCAAUAUAAAGGAGUAUACUUUUAUUGGCCACUGGAGGUGCAGUUCAAACUGAUUUUGUCCCAGCAAGUUUAUUAAACUCAGAUGGCAGUGUCAGAGUAAAUCAUCAUUUGCAGACAAUUGACCCAAAUAUAUACGCAGCUGGGGAUAUUGCAUCUUUUUAUAGCAUGCUGUCUGAAGGUCAAGAAAGAGUUGAACAUUGGCAAGUGGCUCAAGACCAAGGCAGAGUGGCUGCUAGCAAUAUGCUUGGAAAAGGGACGUUUUAUAGGUCGGUUCCAUUUUUCUGGACAAAUCAAUUUUUAAAUGUGCAGUUUGUUGGGUUUAGCACUGGAUAUGAUUUUACAUAUACAGAGACAAAAGAAGAAGGAUCUCCUUUAAAGACAGGGAGAAUUAUAAUAAAUCAGAUUAAAAUGGCUCAAAUUAUUAAAAAAAAAUUAUUUAAAAUAAAUUUAAUAGAAUAUAUAGUAUACUUAUUUUUAUAAAAACGGAAGAUGCAUUGGUGCUGCAGCUGUAAAUUGGAUGGGAGCAAUUAUUAAACUGAGAAUUGCACUUGAUAGAGGGUUGAUGCCAGCUAAAGAAGAACUUGUAGCAAAAACAGCGAGCUAUGAAACUAUCGCACAAAGGGUUAAAGAAAGCAGCCCUUGUGGAUGUGCUCAAGGAAAAGGUUGCUGCAAAGGGAAAAAGUAA